GGAACGCGUGAUUGGCGGGCCGUUUGGUUGGACUGUGUAUGCAUGUGGUAGUGAGCUGUGAUGUUUGUGGUUUUCACGGCGUUGUUUCUUUGUAAUUUAAACGGAUUUUAAAAAAGAUUUCCCAUUCACAAUGCUCUCGUUGGGUCCAAAAAAGGAUGGAAGUCCGAAUCUCAAGUUUUUUGAGAGUCCUGAGAUCCUUACACUAUUGGAUGGAGUAAAGCAGUGGCUAUUGAAAAAUUGCAAGAAGUAUGUUCAAACGGAUCCUCCUACUAAUAAAUCAUUGGCUGCGUUGGUAGUACAAAUACUUCAGUUCCAGGAAGAUAAUCUUGGUAAAAAUAUUUCUAAACCGCAGAUGACCAGAAUUCCUAUGAAAUGCUUCCUUGACUUUAAACCUGGUGGUGGUUUAUGCCAUAUAUUAGGAACUGCUUAUAAAUUUAAACAAGAAAAUGGAUGGCGGCGUUUUGAUUUUCCAGUUGGAAAGUCGGGCUCUCGAUUGAAUCUUCUGAUAGACAUGUUAACGGCAGCAGAACGUGCCUUGGUUCAAAAUAGAUGUUUAAUAUUACCUAAUGUAUUUGUGAGAUCCGAUGUUGAUAAAGCAACAGCAACAAAAGUUAAAGACAUAGUUCGACGACAUCAGGGUUCAGUAGUUGAAAAUGAAGCGGAUGCAACUCAUAUAAUUUAUCCUUCCGUCGAUCCACUUGAAGAAGAAUAUGCUCGGCCAUUUAUGCGACGUGAUCGUUCCGUUCUUCUUCAUUGGUAUUAUUUUCCCGAUAGUUAUGACACUUGGACAAAUCUAGAUCUUCCAUGGGAUUUUCCUGAAGGAAAUUUCGGAUCAGUAAAUCCCAGAACAAUAUAUAAAGUAUCGGCAACAUGGGCGUUAGAUUUGGAUCAAUACAACGAAUGGAUGAAUGAGGAAGAUUAUGAAGUCGAUGACAAUGGACAAAAGAAAGUCCACAAAUACAGACUCUCGGUGGAAGAUUUAAUGUCUCAACCUUCUCAUCCUCCAACUGGUACAAAGAAACCAAAACGUAAACGAUCACCUUCUCCUCCACCGAAAAUUGGCAAGCGCAAAAGUGGUCGAGGACCUGCAGGUAUGCAAGGAGCAACAUCAGCAACGGCAGCGAUGAAAAAAACCCGAGGUGGUGUUGACGAGGAAGAAGAUUUAACACAAGGUAUGGAAGAUCCACCAGCGGAGCCACGAAUUGUCGAAGUUGUAGCAUCAGCGACAAAUUCAUCAAUCACCGGCUCUGGUUCAACUGGAGGUGGUAAUACAUCGACAAAUAAGAAACAGGACAAUGAAUUACAACCUCUAAAAUCAGGAAAUAUGGCCGAUUUAGACGAGCCUUCCGAAGGUGACAAAAAUAGUGCCCACAGUGCUCAAGAUCGUGAGGAAAGAGGUUCAAGUAAAGAGCGUGGCGAAGGAAGUAAAAGCGACGAGCCCGAAGACAAUGUCACUGAACAAACUCAUCAUAUCGUCGUACCCAGUUAUUCAGCAUGGUUCGAUUACAAUUCAAUUCAUACAAUUGAGAAACGUGCUCUUUAUGAAUUUUUCAAUGGAAAAAAUAAAUCCAAAACACCUGAGAUUUAUCUUGCCUAUCGAAAUUUCAUGAUUGACACUUAUCGAUUAAAUCCCACUGAAUAUAUAACGUCAACUGCAUGUCGGAGAAAUUUAGCCGGUGAUGUUUGCGCAAUAAUGCGCGUUCAUGCCUUUCUCGAACAAUGGGGUUUAAUUAAUUAUCAAGUUGACGCUGAAUCGAGACCAACGCCAAUGGGACCACCUCCAACGUCUCACUUCCAUGUUCUCUCCGAUACACCCUCGGGUUUGGCGCCUGUCAAUCCAAAUCCACCGAAAACACCUCAACCAUCGGCAGCAAAGGCACUUCUUGAUCUUGAGAAAAAACCAAGUACACCACUUGGCGCUGGCGGUGAUGAAAAACCAACGCCCAAUUCAAUGACAAAUUUCGGUUUAAAGAUUGAUCAAUAUUCACGAAAACCAGCUGUACUGAAAAAUAAACAAGCCUCGAGUGCAACACGCGAUUGGACAGAACAAGAGACACUAUUACUUCUUGAGGGUUUGGAACUUCAUAAGGAUGAUUGGAAUAAAGUGUGCGAACACGUUGGUUCAAGAACACAGGAUGAAUGUAUUCUCCAUUUUCUUCGGCUUCCUAUUGAAGAUCCAUAUUUGGAAGAGGGCGGUCCUGAAGGUCUUGGACCAUUGGGCUAUCAACCGAUACCAUUCUCAAAGGCUGGCAAUCCUGUUAUGAGUACUGUCGCUUUCUUGGCGUCCGUUGUCGAUCCACGAGUUGCAGCUAGUGCUGCAAAAGCCGCUAUGGAGGAAUUUGCGGCUAUUAAGGAUCAAGUUCCAGCUGCUCUUUUGGAUCAACAUUUACGAAACGUUCAAGCAAGCGCCAAUUCUGAUGGUAAAUUUGAUCCAGCUGCAGGACUAGCACAAUCAGGAAUCGCUGGUACUGGACCACCGGAACCACCAGAGGAUUCUUCCGCAUCCUCGACAGGACAAUCUAAUGCAACACCCUCGACAUCGCCUCAUCCAACACCGGAAGCAAAGAAAGAGGAUGCAACGGAAAAAACGAAGGAAGUUGUCGAGAGUGAACAACCAUCAACAACACCUCCAAAGAAGGAGGAAAUCACCGAAAAUGAAAGGGAUCAAUCUGAAAAGAUGGACGUUGAUACAAAAGAGAGCGAGGAUGAAACGAAAGCUAAAGUCGAUGGCGAGGAAAGUGAUGGAAAAGAAAAGAAAGACAAACAGGUCGUAAAAGAUGCACAAUUACAAUCGGCUGCAGCUGCAGCAUUGGCAGCCGCUGCCGUUAAAGCAAAACAUUUGGCCGCCGUUGAGGAGAGAAAAAUAAAAUCUCUCGUCGCUUUGCUUGUUGAAACACAAAUGAAAAAAUUGGAAAUUAAAUUACGUCACUUUGAGGAAUUGGAAACAACAAUGGAACGUGAACGUGAGGGUCUUGAAUAUCAGAGACAACAGCUUAUCACCGAAAGACAACAAUUUCAUUUGGAACAAUUGAAAGCAGCAGAAUUUCGUGCACGACAACAAGCACAUCAGAGGUUAGCACAGGAACAACAGCAACAACAACAAAAUCAACAUCUCAUUCAACAACAACAGCAACAACCGCCAAGUCCACAGGCAACAUCUCAACAACCACCACCUCACACACCACCACAACAAGCGUAAUGUAUCGAAUUUAUAAAAGAUGACUUUUUUGAGGUACAAUAAUUAUUAAUUUAUAUUCUUAGAUUGAUGAAAUAUGUGAGCGAAUUAUUAUUCAUAACUAGAAAGUAUUUGAUUAUUAGAAAGUAUUUUGAUUCUAAUACAUAUGGGUAUAAAAAAAAUAAUUCACAAUCGCAAAGUGAGACUCAGUCAUUUCAUAAAGGAUUAUUUGUCUCCUUUCGAUUAUGUGAUUUCAUAUUAUUGUUUUUUUUUUUUUUUUUUUAAUUUUUUUGUUUUGUUUUUAAUUGUACACUUGACCAAUAAUAAUUAAUUGGUAUUUUGAUUUAAUUUCUUGUUGACAGAAAAAAAACAAUAGGCAACAUGAGUGGGGAAUAGAGGCAAAAAACAGAUUUCUAUAUUAAUUUAGAAUUAAGAAUUUUUGACAGUUGUCAUUUAUAUCAAAUUUUCUACCUGAGAAGAAUGAAAAUUAUCAUUGAACAAAAAAGAAAAGAAAGCAGUUUGUUUUAUUUGUAUAAUAAAAUUUUAAGAAUAGGA